GUCUGGAUCAAAGUAUGAGUGAAAAUCAGUCACUAAAGAAUGAACUUUUGAACUAUAAACAGGAAAACAGAAAUCUGCAGGGAAUAGAGGAUGCGCUGCAGCAGAGAUUGGCUACCCAAGAAAGCUCUGUGCUUCAACUGAAACAGGAGUUACUGCGGGCUAAUAUGGACAGGCAUGAGCUGCAAAGCCAGAAUGUGGACUUACAGAGAAAAAUGGAAGAGAGGAGCCAGUUUAUUGCAGACUAUAAGAAAGAUUUAACCAAGAAGGAAUGGCUUAUACAACAACUGCAAGGAAAGCUUGAUGAAUCUCAACGGAAGCUUUCUGAAGCCAACUAUCACAAGACUGACCUUCAGAAAGAGUUGGAUCACCGGAAGGCUCUUCCUCAGCAGUACAUGAAUGAAGAAGAUGAUCAGGUAGACCUGAGUGUUUCACCAAUGCCACAUUCACAGAGCACCCCAGUCAUGGGCAGCAGCAACUCAUCCACCAAAGUGCUGUACUUUACUGACCGCUCUCUGACACCCUUCAUGGUCACUUUACCAAAGAGUUUAGGAGAGGUGACACUGAGGGACUUCAGAGCAGCUAUUGGUCGAGAGGGAAGUCACAGAUACCACUUCAAGGCUUUGGAUCCUGAAUUUGGAACAGUGAAAGUAGAGGUGUUUCAUGAUGAAGAUAUUAUUCCAGGCUGGGAAGGUAAAAUAGUAGCCUGGGUGGAAGAAGAUCACGGAAGCAUUUGAAUGAUAUUGAUCAUUGGUACAAUGAGAAACUCCAUGAUACGGGUCUGGAUAUUUUAUCAUGCUGCCAAAAGAGGAUUCUGCAGGCACCAAAAGGAAAGCUCAUACAUAGUUCCAGCUGCAGGAAAGUGGAUCCUUACUAGUUGCUGGUGAUGCCUUUAAUGCAUCAAACGAGACAAUAUACAUUUGGGAUAGCCGCAAUGAUAUUAUUUCUUAGGAUUUAUGUGGUCCCUGCCUUGUGGUUGCCAGCAGCCUUAUAAUGUAUGAAAUACAGUAUGUGAUGAAGAGUAUUCAGUAUUUUUCUACAGGUGCACUAAAUCUAGUCUUGCAGUUAUAGCAGGGCAAUAUGUAACAGGUCCCUUCAGGUUAGACAAUCCUUAGAUUGGGUCAAAUGCAGUAAACUAUUUGCCAUCUACGUAGUCUGCAUAUCAUUGGUUGGAACAUGGAAACAUAAAUUCUACAGCAUAGGCCACUCAGAUGGCCAGAUUGUUAUUGCUGUAGAAUUUAAUCUAUGGUACAAAAAUGGUUAAAGCAUGGAUAUUCAUCCUGGGCCUGUACAUCUCACAAGAUACGGUGUAGGAGGCUUAUAGUUCAGUGCUAACCAUACACAUAUUAAAAAGAUGUUUUCAGAUUUUUGCCUGAAAACCACUAAAUCUUCGUAUUAUUACACAAAACCCAUCGCAGAUGAAGAUAUCUUUAGGACUUCUCCCAUUGACUUAUAUGCAACCAUGGCAGGUCUGAGAUGCCGGAUUUUCAAAUUCAGACUUUUUCCAUACUCUGAGC